GCAGCUCUCAUUGGUUGUACGGAUGCUCUUAAAUUCCAAAGCAAAGGCAUCAAUUCACGCACACUCUUCUACUUGCACUCACAUUCACUGCAGAUUCUCAAACAAAUCUCAAGCAGUUCGGAGGGCGAGGAGGUUUUGUACUAGUUCCUUUACAGCUCAAUCUCCGUUUCUCUCACGCUUUUGCAUCCUAGAUCGAAUCGAAGCUAGUAGCAUUCUGUGGAAUUCAGUGGCUUGAUUCUGCUGCAGCUGCUGAUGUAACUACUUACUAGAUAGACACAUGUUCGAAGCAGGCAUUUUUCAUACGGUUGUCUCAGAUGACUCUUAGUGGCUAUAUUAUGCUUAAACAUUGUUGCUAUGGGCGUUUGUCUGAUGAAAUGGCAAUGGCCAUGGCUUCUUUAUGUUCUGCUGAUAUGUCAUGUGAUCAAUCGGAAUGAAGCAAUUAGUCCUGAUGGAGAGGCACUUCUCAGCUUCAGGACGGCAGCUAGCCCCAAUAGUGACCUGUUACCUUGGAGGCCUGAGGAUCCUGAUCCGUGUAAAUGGAAAGGAGUAAAAUGUGAUCCCAAAACCAAGAGAGUGACAAAUCUGUUUCUUGAUCAUUUUAAGUUAAGUGGGUCUAUUUCAGCUGACCUUGGGAAGCUAGAGCAUCUGAGGAUUCUUGCUCUUAACAACAACAACUUAUAUGGGACUAUUCCUUCAGAAUUAGGAAACUGCACUGAAUUGCAAGAGAUAUAUUUGCAUAGUAACUACCUUAGUGGAGUGAUCCCCAAUGAAAUCGGAAAUCUUUCACAACUUCAAAAUUUGGAUAUAUCAAGUAACUCCCUUAGUGGGAGUAUUCCUCCAUCACUUGGGAAAUUAUAUACCCUAAAAAAUUUCAAUGUGUCGUUCAAUUUUCUGGUAGGACCGAUACCUUUGGAUGGUGUGCUUGCCAACUUCACUGAAAGAUCCUUUCUUGGAAAUCUUGGUUUGUGUGGAGUGCAAAUCAAUACAGCAUGUAAGAAUGAUGGUUCACCUAAUUCCAACCCUCAAUCUCCGACAUCAGACCAAAAUCAAAAUGGAAAAAGGAAAGAUUCUGGCCGGCUGCUUAUUAGUGCACUAGCAACUGUGGGUGCACUACUUUUAGUGGCACUGAUGUGCUUCUGGGGUUGCUUUCUUUAUAAGAAGUUUGGUAAAAAUCACAGAGAAAGUCUAGCAAUGGAUGUCUGCGGAGGGGCAUCAAUUGUGAUGUUUCAUGGAGAUCUCCCAUAUUCUUCAAAAGAUAUUAUUAAAAAACUAGAGAGUUUAAAUGAGGAACACAUAAUUGGUUGUGGAGGAUUUGGAACAGUUUACAGGGUUGCAAUGGAUGAUGGGAAUGUAUUUGCUUUGAAAAGGAUUGUAAAGUUAAAUGAGGGCUUUGAUCGAUUUUUUGAGAGAGAGCUUGAAAUUCUUGGAAGCAUAAAACACAGAUAUCUUGUGAACCUAAGAGGCUAUUGCAAUUCACCUACAUCAAAGUUGUUAAUAUAUGAUUACCUACCUGGUGGUAGUCUUGAUGAAGCUCUUCAUGAAAGAUCUGAGCAACUUGAUUGGGAUUCACGCUUGAAUAUCAUCUUGGGAGCUGCAAAAGGGCUUGCCUACCUGCAUCAUGAUUGUUCGCCUAGGAUCAUACACCGUGACAUAAAAUCAAGCAAUAUUUUGCUUGAUGGAAACUUGGAUGCUCGAGUCUCUGACUUUGGACUCGCCAAACUUCUGAAGGAUGAGGAAUCUCACAUCACUACCAUUGUUGCUGGAACAUUUGGUUAUCUAGCUCCAGAAUAUAUGCUAAGUGGUAGAGCAACUGAAAAGACUGAUGUUUAUAGUUUCGGUGUCCUGGUACUUGAAGUGUUGAGUGGAAAGCGACCAACAGAUGCAUCUUUCAUUGAGAAGGGCCUCAAUAUUGUUGGUUGGUUAAAUCAUUUAAUAACGGAGAACAGAGCAAGAGAUAUAGUUGAUCAGCAAUGUGAAGGAGUGCAGCUAGAGAGCCUGGAUGCGUUGCUUUCUGUAGCUAUACUGUGUGUAUGCUCGAGUCCGGAGGAUCGACCCACAAUGCACAGAGUGGUCCAAUUGAUUGAAUCAGAGGUGAUGACCCCAUGCCCAAGUGACUUUUAUGACUCCAACUCUGAAUAGAGCCCAGGCCCGUCAUAGCUUGUAUCAUUGCUCAGAAAUGUGAUGCUGAGUGAAAGGGGCUCAGGAUUCUCAAAGCAGAUUUAUGAUCGAUCCCUUGCCCCACAACCUCUUCAAGACUGGGAAUUCGGGUUCAUGACCUGUUACCAUGUGUUGUGUCUUUCUGUGUCUUUGCGAAUUUAAUUUGAAAAUUGGUUAUUUAUUGAAUCUGGCCUCCUCCCCUCUUUUUUUUUUUUUGGGUUAUAAUUUGUAACGUAAUUUGUAAUGGUUGCAUUUAUUCACUAGAGUGCAAGUGUAUAUUAAUCUGCAUGAAUUGAAAACGCCCUCCUCUGCUAGAGAUGGUUCUGACAUUUCAUUGUAGAUUUUGUGAUCUGUUUCCGG